CCGUCAUUGAGACUGCGCUGAUAAAAGAUAGAUGCUACCGGCUGAGCAAGGAGUGUGUCCCCUCAGUUACGGCCAGGAAACGCAAUGGCAAGCGGGCCCAUAUGUCACGCACUGCCCAGCUUGAGGCCAAGAUCGAAGACCUUGUCACGCUGCUCCGUCAUCAGGCCGCCCCAGCGGUCAAGACGCCAUCUCUGAGCAACACAGGGACAAACAUCGACACGAGUACGCCAACCUUGAGCACCCACUCAACCACCACCAGCCAGUCGGAGCAGGGUUCCUCCCAUCCCACCCCUGCCCCUGGUCUGCCACUUACACGGCCAGACCGUGGCCCAGGAAAAGUUGAUGCAGGACCAUCAUGCCUAAGCUCUCUCCCUGGGGACGUCGUGGGACCCCAAGCUCCCGCCCCCCCGGCCGCCUCGGCAGAGCCCCCGUCCAUGCCAUCCUGUGUCUAUCAGCCAAACGCCACUGAGGCGGCCGAGCGCCUCAUGACUUUCCGCAAGUACAUGCUCAUAUUUCUGCCAUUCGUGCACCUGCCUGCGACCUUGACCUCUGAAAAACUCAGGGAAUCGCAUCCGUUCCUGUGGUUCAGCAUCAUGACCGUCACCUGCAGGAACGUGGAUCGGCGGCUCGUCAUGACUGAAGCGAUCGAGAGGUUCGUCGCUCAGAGGGUAGUCGUUGAGCAUGAAAAAAGCAUGGAUCUCCUACUUGGGCUCCUUGCUAUGUUGGGCUGGACCCAUUAUCACUUGAAGGGAGAUAAGACAAAACUUUCCGUCCUGGCGUCUCUCGCAAAGUCUCUGAUUUAUGACCUGGGCCUCAACAAGGGUCCAUACGAGACUCUUAUCUCGGCUCUCUUAAGAGCGCCGACCCAUCACUCGUCUCCACGAGACAAGACCCUCGAAGAGCGGCGAGCGGUGCUUGCAUGCUUUCUCCUCACUUCUCAGGCGGCAUACACGAUAAAGCGGAUGGAAGCGCUGACCUGGACUUCCCACAUGGACGAGUGCCUUCAGGAGCUCUCCGAGCAGAGAGAAUGGCAGGGCGACGAUUUACUAGUGGCCCAGGUCAAGGUUCAGCUCAUAGUCGAACGCUUGGCACGCAAUAUUUCCCAGUCCCCGGAUGGCAUUCCGCCAAGCUACGUCUUGUCUUCGCUUCGGACACAGCUCCAAGCUAUCAAGGCUCAACUUCCACCUCACUUGCAACAGAACGACACCAUCCUCUGUCACAUUUUCUACGCCGAACUAGCGAUCCACGAUGUGGCCAUGAACAAGCCAAAAGCAGACCUCAGCGGGAUCACGUCCGAAAUGCAACGUUGUGAAGCAAUAGAGGGGUGCAUCAGUGCUAUCCAGGGCUGGUUCGAUAGGCAUUUUUCUAUUCCCAGCUACGUCUACAUUGGCAUGACAUUCACGUACUGGUGGAGCAUGGCCCACUGUCUUCUCACGCUUUCCAAGAUCUCGACCCUCAACGAGCCUGGAUGGAAUCGUGAGGCGGUGAGGAACAGGAUCGACUUGCUUGCCGUGCUAGACCAGCUGGGGAUAAGGUUCGACGAAGUUUCGGCACAGCUACGGCUUGAAACCGGGCCGACCGUGGAAGAGGACCCGUUCUCCAAGUUCGCCAAACUAGUCCGGACAAUGAAGACCAACUGGGCACCAGAGGUAGCUCCCGCCCAACGCAAUCCGGGCCCGAGCGCAACCACAAUGACAGAUGCCUUUCUCGACAACAGCGCGGAGGGAAUCGGCAUGCCAUUCUUUCAGCCGAGCGAGUCGGAGACGUGGAUUGCUGGCCUUUUCGACGUCAACUGGGACAUCUGAGCUAGGCUACGGGUUUCGGUUCUGUGAUGGAGCAGGACAUAGCACGGAUCGCAGUGGAUUCAUUAUCCUUAA